GGAAGCAGGACGCAUGCUUCUUUCCUUAAUGUCGAGCCGGCUCGAGGGAUCCCCAGUGUUGCACGGUGUGUUCAGUGGCUCGCGUUAGAUCUCCGCUGAUCGCUCGGAUCGGUGGAUCGCGUUCGCAAGCUUCCGUUUCUCGACUUCCGUCAGCCUCCAGUCGACAGCAACCAAAUUCAACGAGGCACAGUUGACUAGUACUUAAAGCAAUGGACGAUGAGGUGAUUGGUGGAGGCCAGAAUAACAAGAGAUCAGCAAUGACCCUAAACGUUAGUGGAUUGUGGGACGUGGUCCCGCGUUUGGACCAUUACAGGAUCCGAACGUAGAGGCUGGCCAGAUCGGUGUAACGCAGCAAGGGCAGACAGGAAUAAAGCUAGGAUGGAUCCAAGGUGUCCUGAUACCAUGUCUGCUCAACAUAUGGGGUGUAAUGCUUUUCCUGCGAUUGUCGUGGGUGGUGGCACAAGCGGGCAUACUGCACAGCGUCAUCAUUAUCGGAAUAUCGGCGGUCGUCUGCGUCAUCACGACGCUUAGCCUCAGCGCAAUUAGUACUAAUGGGGAAGUAAAGGGAGGUGGUAUAUACUUCAUCAUAUCGAGAACUCUGGGCGCGGAAUUCGGUGCAUCGGUGGGGAUCGUUUUCGCGUUUGCGAACGCGGUCUCGGCAUCCAUGAACACCAUUGGUUUCUGCGACUCCCUGAACGACUUGUUGCGAGAGCACAACUUGAAGAUCAUUGACAACGGGACAAACGACGUACGACUCAUUGGAACAGUCGCGUUGAUCGUUAUGAUCAUGAUCUGCGCGAUUGGCAUGGAAUGGGAAUCAAAGGCUCAAAAUUUUCUCAUAGCCAUCAUCAUCGCAGCUAUUUUCGAUUUUGUGAUCGGGACCAUCAUAGGACCAAAGUAUCCAAUGCAAGAAGCACAAGGAUUCAUUGGAUUCUCUUCUGAAGUAUUCUGGAAGAACUUCGGCUCGGACUAUCGUUUCUCCGAGAAAAGCAACCAAACGUUCUUCUCCGUGUUCGCCAUUUUCUUCCCAUCUGUGACCGGGAUUCAGGCUGGCGCCAACAUCUCCGGCGAUUUGAAGGAUCCAGCGAGUAGUAUACCGAUCGGCACCCUUCUUGCAUUGCUAAUCUCAAUGGCCAGUUAUAUCACUUUUGUCCUGUUCGCUGGUGGGGCAGCUGUAAGGGAUGCCAGCGGCCUUGUCGACGCAAACAAUACCAUCAUAAACUGUAUUCCGAACUGCACCUAUGGAUUGCACAACAGUUACUCGGUGAUGCAGCUGAUGUCGGUGUGGGGUCCAUUUAUCUACGCCGGCUGUUUCGCGGCAACGCUCUCAACAGCAUUGACAAACCUGCUGUCGGUGCCACGGCUGAUACAAGCGUUGGGACAGGACAGGAUUUACCCCGGUUUGAUUUAUUUUAGCAAAGGUUACGGGAAACACGGUGAACCUUAUCGCGGCUACGUUCUCACGUUCUUCGUCGCGGUGCUGUUCCUUCUGAUAGCGAAUUUGAACGCAGUCGCGCCUCUGAUCUCGAACUUUUAUUUAGCCUCGUACGCGUUGAUUAACUUCUGCACGUUUCACGCGGCGCUUAUUCGGCCGCUUGGAUGGCGACCUACUUUCAGAUAUUACAACACCUGGCUGUCUUUGUUCGGUUUCAUCACGUGCGUGUCUAUAAUGUUCCUCAUUGACUGGGCCACAUCGCUCAUCACGUUUGUCAUUAUCUUCGCGUUGUACUUGAUCGUGGUAUAUCGGAAACCAGACGUGAACUGGGGUAGCAGCACGCAAGCACAAACGUACAAGACUGCACUCUCUAUCGUUUAUCGAUUGAAUUCCAUCGACGAACAUGUCAAAAAUUAUGCACCUCAAAUUUUGGCACUGAGCGGAGCCCCUGGCGCCAGGCCAGCGUUGCUGCAUCUGGCAAAUCUCAUCACGAAAAACCACUCGCUGUUGAUUUCCGGUGAAAUACACCCGACUCGUUUGUCGUAUCGUUUACGAUCGAUACGGCUGAGGAAUGGUUACGCGUGGUUACACCAGCAACGUAUAAAAUCGUUCUACCACGUGGUGGAGGAUUUGAACUUCGAACGAGGCGCGUCAGCUUUGAUGCAGGCAACAGGUGUCGGGAAAUUGGCACCGAACGUCGUUCUGAUGGGCUACAAAACACACUGGUCGACGUGCAACCACAAGGAUCUUCAAGAGUACUUCAAUGUACUUCACAACGCAUUCGAUCAGAAAUUAGCGGUGGCAAUGCUACGAAUUGCCGAGGGUUUGGAUUGUUGUGAAGUUGCGACCGCGAACGGGGACGACGAACAUGGCGUCUUGGCGCAAAGUAGCUACGACCUAACAGGGAACACUCUGAUGCACGUGGACAGCAAUCUGUCGAUGUCCAGCCAAAUUCCAAGAGUGCAAAGCGUGCCGACAAUGGGGAAAAACGGCAUGCAAUGACACCUGUACCUGAACGCUUAGCAAUCUUUCAAAGGAAGCAUAAAAAUGGCACAAUUGAUGUAUGGUGGUUGUACGAUGAUGGAGGUCUGACGAUCCUUCUUCCAUAUAUUAUCAGCACACGCUCGAAUUGGGAGCAUUGUAAGAUGCGAAUUUUCGCGUUGGCCAAUCACAAGCAAGACAUAGUGGCUCAAGAGAAAGAAAUGGCCGAGAUAAUGGCAAAAUUCAGAAUACGAUAUACCAGUCUGAAAAUGGUAGACGAUAUAAGCGUUCAGCCGAAGCAAGAGACGCUGGACUUCUUCGAUAAACUUAUAUCUGAUUUCCGGAAAAACGAGCCUGCUGACACAGAAUGCUGCGUGACAGAACUUGAACUUCAGUCUUUGAAAGAUAAGACGUACCGGCAGCUCAGACUGCGAGAACUGUUAUUAGAAAACUCCAAUCAAUCCACGUUGGUUGUGAUGUCGUUGCCAAUGCCGAGGAAGGGAGCGGUCUCAGCCCCGCUUUACAUGGCCUGGUUGGAAGCUUUAACCAAAGACAUGCCGCCGACGCUUUUGAUACGUGGGAACCACACUUCGGUCUUAACGUUUUACUCGUAGUUCAUUGACUUUGAACGAUGACGAUAACUUUAGGGCUUAGAUGAAUAAUUUUCGUUGAACGCAUCGCGAGAACGUCUGUAUAAUCAGCAAAGACAUCUUCCGAUGCGGACAGACAGUAUUCGGUAUAUUCAUGCCAAAAAUUGUGUAGAUACGGCGAUCUGUUUUCGUUUUUAUACAGUAUUCAUGAUACGUCGAGUCCGGUGGUUACUUACUGACGAGAUUAUUUUUUAGCGUAGAAAUGAAAGACAACAGUAUAAAACGGGGGCUGUCAAUGAACGAUGGUUCCGUAACUUUGAUAUUUGUAGGACUUUAGGGCAUGCUAACGAAAAGAAAAAAAGGAAAAUAUCUACAGUGCAACUGUUUUUGUGAGAUAUCGCGCCUUCAAGAGUAGAAAUCUUUUAUUUAGUUAGCAGCAAAUUGAUUUUUAUAUGAGUUAAUACAAUAGGCAUAAUUCUGAGCAAGGUACGUUAUUGAUGAAGUAUAUAGUACAAUAGAGAGAGAAGAGUAGAAUUUAAUUUUUGAUUAAAUACGACGGACUUCUCGAAUGACCUAUAAUCAAAUAAUUUAAUAAUAAUACGAUAUAUUUAAUAUGUUAACGUUUUUCUAACUGAUCUAAAUGUAUAGUAUUAAACUGAGGCAACGAAGAGAUAUUUCUUACCUCUCUCAUCAGUAAUCUAUUUUCUCUUUACAGAACUCUGUACUUAAGGGGAUUUUAUUAUUGAAAUUCUAGGAACUUAAUAAGCACUUAAAAUAUCAAUCGUUUAUUAUAGAUAAAAGUAAAUAAAAGUAUUUUUUAUUGCGAAUAGAAGUACUUAAUUAUUAUUAUUACUGAUGGUCGACGAAGAAAUAUUCUUUUUGUUUUUUAGUCACACAUGAAGGAAAUUUAAUUGUAAAUUGUUUUAAAUUAAAAAUUUGAUUAAUUGGUUAAUGUCUGCGAUUUAUAAAUUAUUUACAUUAUUUUACUUUAAUAUACAAUAAUUAAUUCGUAGUAAUAUAAUGUAAAUAAUUUUCAGUACUUAAGAAAUUGUUAUUGUAUCUCAAUCUUUAAUUCUUAAAUUAAACUGACUACUUAUUUUGUAAACAUAAAUUUAAUUACUUCUCUGUAGAAAGUUCUCAUAGCAAGACACUACUAAAAUGCACCAUUUGUAAAUAUGAAGAUAAUUCAAACAAAAGAGAAAGAGAAUUAGUAAAUUAAGUCUAUGAAAACUUACAAAAUAUUUUAUUUAUUUUAUAAAGCAUUCAAUGACAUUAAAAAAAAAUCUAUCAUUAGUUAUAGUAGACUUAUUGUAAUUUUUAAAUUCCUGAAUUUAUAGUUUUCCUUUUUAAUGUUACAACCACGAUAUAAUUUUAUCGUUCCAUAAUUUAAUAUGUUCAGAAAUGUUUCAAAUUUUUAUUAAACGUUGGUACAAUGAAAAAAUAAGAUUAUUAUAGAUAUAACUCAGGAAUCAGUGCUUCGUGUUCGACUUCUCCCAUUGAAUGAUGAUGUUCUAUAAUCAAUGAGUUUCGAAAAUUCUGGCAAAGACAGGUUGUAUUUGCUCCAGAAUAUCACAUGUUAACAUUCCUCUUUGCUUUAUCUUAUAUGCAGAUGCAUUGCAUUCUCUCACUAAUCUAGAUGCAGCGUAACAUGCAGCUAUAGGAGGUGACAAAGCACUUUCACUACUUCCUGCACAGAUAGCCCACCACCAAAAUACAGCUAACGCUCCACUUAGCAAGUCCCCUUGACCUCCGCAUCUUCUUCCAGAACCGGCUAAUCCACACGAUACAGCUUCUGUACCUUUGUGCCCAUCUGCAAUUACAUCUUUAGCUCCUUUGUGCAAAAUCACUACAUUUUUCCCAAAUGCAUCUGCUAAAUGCUUAACAUCAUUGGCUUUAACCAUUGGCGUUGGUGGAACAUUUUUGUCAAAUACUGCUUUCACAAGACGACUGAAUUCCAUUGCAUUUGGAGUAAGAACCACACCUGGAUAUUCUUUUAUAAUAUCAGGUUUCUGGUUAAUUAAAAAUAAUCCAUCUGCAUCAAUCACUAACGGCUUUUUCAUAUCACGACAAAUUGAAAUUAAUUCAACAAUGGUUUUAAAUAUCUUAUCGUCUCUACCAAGGCCUGGUCCAAUCACAAUCACAUGUAGACGAUCAAGCCAUGGUCUUAUUUGCUUGAUUGCGUCAUACUGGUCUAAAACUGGAUGAACAAUAGGUUCUGGGCUGAACGAUUUCAAUGGUACACUUGCUUCUUUCACACAAAAUAUAUGCACUAGGUCACAUCCAGUGCGGAGUGCGCUCAUAGCUGCAUAAUAUGGUGCACCAGUAUAUUCAGUACUACCACCAAAUAUCCCAAUUCGACCAUCUUGGCCUUUAUACUUGGUAUUAUUCAAAUUUGGAAUUAUUCUUCUUAUUCCUUUUAACAUACGUUCGUCAACUGAUACAGAUGUAGACAUCUUGGAAAGAAAUGGAUACUUGACCAAAUUCCUGGAGGCAAACUGUAAUGUUCUUAAUAUGUAAUUAAUAAUUUGGACAACAUUGUCUUUGUGUGGGAAACAUUAACUGAGUAGAAAUCGAACAAGAGCACAGAAAUACAAAAUAUGAUAAAAGUUUUGAUAACCUAUAACCUAUGAUAUAUUUAGUUAUACGUAUAAUUUUUUGACUGUUUAUGUUUUUACGGGUACUAAAUGAAUAAUUUACAUGAAUUUAAUUCAAACACUUUUCAAGUACGUUUUGCCACAUACAAAAAAGCAGUACAAAAAGAAAAAAAAGACAAAAAUUUUUAAGAAAAAUGGUAUGAAAGUAUUAACAGAUGUAAAAUUGAAAACUUUUAAAAACAAUUGUCACUUCAAUAUCAUUAACUUUCUGACCAAUUAUGAAAGUUCAUACGUCACUUGUAAAUAAAUACGAUUUCGAGAAUGAAUAAAAUUGAUGAAUCACGUUUAAAAGAACAUUCACUGUCAACAUAACUAUUAGAUGUGCAACAAAAGUUAUUCUGCACGAAUAUUUUAAAUAUAUUAUCUAUUCGUUAUUCAUUUUCUUUGAAAUGUUUAUUACGUAUUUAAUAUUUAUAUCCCUAACGUGUGUUUUCCAUUUUAUAAUAAAGUUUACAUAUCAUGACGUAUCAAUUUAUUAACGCAGUCUUUUUCGUAAAAUACAUAAAAAUGUUACUUAAUAAUUCGUAAUAAUAAUUUACAACAGUACAUAAUAAGAUUUAUUUCCUAAUAUUCGCAAUAUUUCGAAAUUUUUGUUUAGGUUUACUUAAAUAAAAUACACACAGUACAUAACCUCCAAUCUUACGUUACAACCUAAAUGGAAAGCAUGAUAAUAUAAUCUACGUAUAUUUUCAUUAAAUAAA